AUGGGUUCGCACUCAGAGCAAAGACUGCUGACUGUAGCAGCAGCCCAGCUAGGACCGAUUAAGAGCCUUACAACACCACAGUCAGAUGUUUUAGCACGUAUGCUCAACUUGCUCCAAGAAGCCUCGGACAAGAAAGUCAGACUGGUCGUGUUUCCAGAGCUUACCUUCACCACCUUCUUCCCUUCCUACAUUAUCGACAGCCCCGAGGAAAUUGCCAGAUUCUUUGAGCCAGCAUCCCCGGGUGACGCUUAUGCAAUCAUCGAUUCGCCCAAUGCCAAACCUCUAAUAGACAAGGCGACUGAGCUCGGCAUUGACAUCUCGUUUGGAUAUGCAGAGCGUUGGACCACAGAAUGUGGCAAGGUCAUCGACUACAACACCGCCGUGUACUACUCUGCUACUCAGCGACAAUGCAUUGCAAAGUAUAGGAAGAUCCACCUGCCUGGACGUUACGAGCCGGAUCAGCGCCCGGGGGUAACUCAACAACUCGAAAAGCGAUACUUUACUCCAGGAGACCUUGGCUUCCAGGCUUUUCGUGUGCCCGGGCUUAUCGAGGGAGCACUCAAGUCCGAGGACGCCAAGAUGCUUGCCAGUCCAGAAGAGACGCAGGGGAGGGGUGAUCCAAUUGUGGGCAUGCUCAUUUGCAACGACCGUCGAUGGGCCGAAGGUUGGAGGUGCUACGGACUUCAGGGUGUCGAGCUUAUCCUGGAAGGAUACAAUACAACAGCUUUUGCGCCACAGUACCCUGGAACAGAAGUUGAGCAAGAAGAAGAGGCACUGUUCCACCAUCGCUUGUCAUGCCAAGCAGGGAGCUACCAGAAUGCAUGUUACAGCAUCCACGCAGCCAAGGCAGGCAAAGAAGACCAUGGAUCGCUCAUUGCCGGCUCGAGCAUUGUCGAUCCCAAUGGGCACAUCAUCGCUGAGUCCAAGACAAAGGGAGACGAGCUGGUGCAUGCAACAAUUGACUUGGUCAAGUGCAGGAGAGGGAAGGAAAGGGUGUUUGCUUUCGAUAAGCAUAGAAGAGUCGAGCACUACUCCCGCAUAUUGGAUCAAGUUGGGGUGCAGGAGCCAGGAUUGUUGGAUACAUCACACAAGUAG